UGCACUUUCUAUUCUCAGUUUUUCAGUUGAGGUCAUGGUCUCACAAGUGUGGAAGAGAAGUGAAAGUUUGGAUGCAGAAGAGCAGAAGUAGGACCGUGCAAACAAAAGGGCUGUUUGUAAAUUGGAGUUAGAAACGGUAAAUAAAAAUGGCUCUUACUCUUCUUCUGUCGGUCGCCUUCCUCUCAGUGACGCAUGCUGACAUAAGUGGACCAAAUGUGAAAACAGGAACUGUGGGAAGACAAGUCGAAAUCAUUUGCAGGUUUAACACGUUUUUCAGCAAUUAUCAAAAGUACUGGUGCAAAGGAUACUACAGGAGGAGCUGUGCCAUUUUAGUACAAACACAAGGCCCUGAGAUGAAAAGUGGAGAUGGCAGGAUAACGAUAACAGCUGAUAAUGAAAAAGGACAACUUACAAUACGAAUGGACAGGUUAACAAAAAAUGAUAGGGGCUGGUAUUGGUGUGGAAUAGAAAGACCUCACCUGCUGGAUCCAUUAAGUCCUGUAGAACUUAAAGUUCAUGAAGGUCAAAAGUUACUUCCUUCAGACAAAGAAAGACUAAGGUUUUUCAUUAUUCUCGGACUAGUCUUUGGAAUAUUAACUAUGAUGUUUCUCGGACUCCUGGUACUAGUUAUCAAAAAAAUUAGAAAGAACAAAAAUGAUGCUCCGACCGAACAUAUGGAUGGCUGCAGAGUGGAGUUUAAAGGGAUGCAGGCAAUUGAAGGGCAAGUGACAGAUAAGAAGGAGAGGGAGUCAACAAUAGAGAAUUCUAUUCCGAAGUCGAACUCUGUGUUGUCCAAAGAGAAGGAAGCAGGAGUUACUUACGCCACUGUGAUGAUUCAGCCUACUGACCAUCCACAGCAAGACUCGACCACGUACGAUAAUGUGAACCCUUCCAACAGUCAGGAGGAGAACAAGCCACCAGUUACUGAGCCUCCAACUUCAGAACCAAUCGAGUAUUCUACAAUUGUAUUCAAAAAGUAAAAUUCUUCUCCACCUUAUGUUGGACCCGUUUUCUGCAGAACAACAUCCCUGUAAAUCAUAACUUGUUCCAUUUGGAUAUGUUUAUCAUCUUGCGCCUUGUGUCCAGCCACUGCAUAUCGGAUAAAUCUCAGAAAUAAUCCCGGAUUUUCCCAAUACAUAUCAGUGGCAUGGAUCCUAGGAGCUCAAGUGCCCUUUGAACUUAAGUGGGGUGGACAGAGAGAAUCUACUUCAUCUGGUGAAGGAGUCAGGACUAAGGGGAAGUAAAUUUGAGCUCAGCUUUUCAGGGGCGAUAUUCCGUAUCACUUCUUCACCCAAAAUGAAGUGGAAAUAUGGAAUUCUCUCUCCCAAAAAUCUGCUGAGGCAUGCAGG